AUGGGCGCUUCACCCCUCGAGCAGGCCCUCAUUGAGACAUGGACUCUAUAUGGGUUCGGCACUCUCGCAGUGUUCCUUCGAGUGUUCUCGCGCACGAGAUUAGUGGGAUUUGCAGGAUAUCACGCAGACGACUAUCUAAUCUGGUUCGCAUGGGCAUGCUAUACAGGAAUGACCGUCGCUGCUCACAUUGUUGGUGGGACUGGUGAUACGUCCCAUUUGACAAUGGAGCAACGGUUAUCGUUCACCCCUGAACAAGCAGAGGCGCGCCAAAAGGGAACCAAAUGGUUCAUGGUCGGAUGGUUUACCUACAUCGGCCUAAUCUGGACAUUAAAGCUCAACAUGCUGUUCUUGUAUCGACGAGUUGUCAGCGUGGUAUGGGUUAAGAAAUAUAUCUUGCCGACAAUGAUAUUUGUCGGUAUAAGCGGUGUUGCAAUCUGGAUCGUCUUCGCUACCGCCUGCCGCCCAUUCCACAAGCUUUGGCAAAUUCUACCCGACCCUGGCAAAUACUGCAUGCCCCAAAGCCCAGCAUUCUUGAUCACUGUCUUGGUCCUCAACCUUAUGACGGAUGUAUGCAUCAUCCUGAUUCCCAUCCCUAUCAUUCUGCCGCUCAAGAUUUCGAGAGCACGCAAGUUCGGACUUCUGCUCAUGUUCUGUGCGGGUGUUUUCGUCAUGUUCGCUGCAGUUCUUCGAGUCUACUUCGUGCUAGUGCUACAAAAGGGAGAGACUGCAGCUAUUUGGUCUUGCCGAGAGGACAUUGUUGCGAUCAUAGUUGGUCAAGCAACAAUGAUUCGGCCUCUUGUCACCAAGCGCUUUUGGACGCAUGGAGCUACUACAGGCAACGGCAACAGCUACGACUCGUCAGACAAGUACGCAUCGCACGAGCUAUCCGACCGAAUGCCAUCGCAAACGGCGUCCUCUCGAAUGGGCUUCCGCAAAGUCAAGGAUCCAUACAACAUGAGUGUUCUAGAGACCAAGGCAAACGAGAGCGAAGAGAACAUCAUCGAUGAACAGAACAAAAACGCCGGUGUCUCAGUCGUUGCUGCAGUCACCAAAGCUCCAAGUCAAUCAAGCGGGCAGAGCAGUCGUUCUGGGGGCAGGAUGAAUCGCAUACCAGAACAAGGCAUCCACGUCAAGAAAGAGGUCGACAUCUCCACUGCGUAUGGAAAGCAGGAUCAUCCCGACAAAUGGGCACCAGUGUGA